CGCUGUCCCCGCCUUCCUCCGGAAAGCGGAAGCGGAAGUGACGUGCAGGGACGGUGGGGGUAAUCAUGGUGCCGCUGGGGAGGGGAGAAGCUGCUGCCGCCGUUGCCGGGAGCCGCGGAGAGAGGCCGUUCCCUUCCCAUCUCUCAGAGUCGAGCUGAGCACGACCGAACCAUGGGGGAGCACAGCCCCGACACCAACAUUGUCUUCUUCGAGGCCGAGGACGAUGAGCUGAGCCCCGAAGACAAGAUGCUCAGGUUCGUGGACAAAAACGGACUGGUGCCUUCUUCCUCGGGAACCGUGUACGAUAGGACCACUGUUCUCAUUGAGCAGGACCCCGGCACUUUGGAGGAGGAUGAUGAUGAUGGCCAGUGUGGGGAACACUUGCCUUUUCUGGUGGGGGGUGAAGAGGGCUUCCACCUCAUCGAUCAGGAGGCGAUGGCGCAGGGCUACGUACAGCACAUCAUCUCACCGGACCAGAUCCACCUGACCAUCAACCCCGGGUCCACGCCCAUGCCCAGAAACAUCGAGGGCGCCACUCUCACGCUCCAAUCGGAAUGUCCAGAAACAAAACGGAAAGAAGUGAAGCGGUACCAGUGCACCUUUGAGGGCUGUCCCCGCACCUACAGCACAGCAGGCAACCUGCGCACCCACCAGAAGACUCACCGAGGAGAAUACACGUUUGUCUGCAAUCAGGAGGGCUGUGGCAAGGCCUUCCUCACCUCUUACAGCCUCAGGAUCCAUGUGCGAGUGCACACGAAGGAGAAGCCAUUUGAGUGCGACGUGCAGGGCUGCGAGAAGGCGUUCAACACACUGUACAGGCUGAAAGCACAUCAGAGGCUUCACACAGGGAAAACGUUUAACUGUGAAUCUGAAGGCUGCAGCAAGUACUUCACCACACUCAGUGAUCUGAGGAAGCACAUCCGAACGCAUACAGGAGAAAAGCCAUUUCGGUGCGAUCAUGAUGGCUGUGGAAAAGCAUUUGCAGCAAGCCACCACCUUAAAACUCAUGUCCGCACACAUACCGGUGAAAGACCCUUCUUCUGCCCCAGUAAUGGCUGUGAGAAAACCUUCAGCACCCAGUACAGUCUCAAAAGUCACAUGAAAGGUCACGACAGCAAAGGACACUCAUGCAGCGCCCUGCCGCAGCACAAUGGAUCGGAGGAUACAAAUCACUCCCUCCAUCUGAAUGCCCUGAGCCUUCUGUCCACAGAAGAUAAAGCUUUGGGAGAAAAUUGCAAUAGAGACCAGGACCUCAGCACAGUGUCACCAGCAGUCAUCUUUAAAUCAAUGUUCCAUAGCGCCGAUGAUGCAGCAGUUCAAGAGGAUGCUCACCAGACAGCUGCCUUGAUUGAAAGUUUUAAUGGUGAUGCAGAGUCAGUCAGUGAUGUUCCGCCACCCACAGGAAAUUCAGCAUCUUUAUCUCUUCCACUUCUACUGCAGCCUGUCAUCUCCGAGCCACCCCAGCCUCUGCUACCAGCCUCAGCUCCGUCUGCUCCUCCGCCUGCUCCCUCCCUGGGAACUGGUUCCCAGCCUGCUGCAUUUGGCAACCCCCCUGCUCUCUUACAACCUCCAGAAGUGCCUGUUCCCCACAGCACGCAGUUUGCUGCUAAUCAUCAAGAGUUUCUUCCGCACCCCCAGGCAGCACAGCCCAUCAUCCCGGGACUCUCUGUUGUAGCUGGGGCUUCUGCAUCCACCGUGGCAGCACCAGCCCCAUCACAAAGUACUACUGAGCCCCUGCCGGCCAUGGUCCAGACUCUGCCCCUGGGUGCCAGCUCUGUCCUAACUGGCAGUCCCACCAUAACCAUCACCCCGACUCCCAGCGCGGCUAUCCUGCAGCCCAACCUGGUCGUGGGAGAACAGAACCUACAGUGGAUAUUAAAUGGUGCAACCAAUUCUCCACAAAACCAAGAACAAAUUCAGCAAGCACCUAAAGUUGAGAAGGUGUUCUUCACUACUGCAGUGCCCGUAGCCAGUAGCGCAGGAAGCUCUGUCCAGCAGAUCGGCCUCAGUCUCCCUGUCAUCAUCAUUAAACAAGAGGAGGCCUGUCAGUGUCAGUGCGCAUGCCGGGACUCUGCCAAGGAGCGGGCGGCUGGCCGCAGGAAGGGCUGCUCCUCCCCGCCCCCUGCAGAGGCCAACCCGCUGCCUCCUGAUGGGCCCAGCCUGUCAUUGCCGCAGACUUUUUCAUUACCGCUCGUCCCCCUGUUGUCAUCCUCCACCGCACCCUCUUCCUGUGAGCAGAGCAGACAGACAGAGACUCCUUCGCACUCUCAGACAGAAAUGGGGGCCAUGGAUGUAUCAGAGCUCCUGGCCGUCCAGGGCAUCAGCACCCCGUCCACUGGCAUUCCCAUCGAAGCACUACUGCAGAGGGAGGAAGAGAUGGGCCUGGCCAGCAGCUUCUCCAAGUGAACGGCCCGGGACAGGCAGCUGGCAGGAGGCGCGAGGUGCCAAGCCUGCCGUCAUGGGGUCAGAAUUUGAAGGAUGAAGAAACCUACUGUUUGAAAUGCUCGCCUUUCAGACGUGUUUUUCUUUAUUCACA